AUGCUGUUCCAGACCACUCUAGUACUUCUCGUACUUCAGACGACUAGCGUGGCAUCUGUGUCCUUGAGGCGAGGAGCGAUUCCCCUCACCGUUAAAACAUUCGAUUAUGUGGUCGUUGGUGGUGGUACCGCUGGAAGCGUGAUGGCGACGCGAUUAGCACAGAACGACUUCGAAGUCGCCUUGAUCGAAGCUGGGGGACACUACGAGCUUGAGUCCCUGGCGGAGUUUCCUGCAGCGGAUGCGUUGUCGAUGGGAUCAGAUCCCACUUUCAGCUCACCAGAGGAUUGGGGCUUUGUGGCAAGAGAUCAAUCGGGUGCCAACGGGCGGUCGAUUCAUUUCGCCCGAGGAAAAUGCCUUGGGGGAUCGUCAGCGUUGAAUUUCAUGGUUUACCAACGUCCAACACGCGAAUCUAUGGACGUAUGGGCAACUACAGUCAACGACAGCAGUUACGAAUUCGACGAAGUACUCUCAUUCUAUAAGAAGAGUGUUCAGUUCUCGCCCCCAAAUACCGACUAUAGGGUUCAGAAUGCUUCCGCCGACUUCGAUGUCGAUGCCUACGACUCGGAUGGUGGCCCAUUGCAGGUGUCGUAUGCUAACUUUGCCGAGCCUUUUUCGUCAUGGAUGAGCCUCGGUAUGGAAGCUAUCGGCAUUGAUCAGGCAAAGGACUUUGUCCAGGGUAAUAUAAUGGGAGCCCAGUAUUGCGCAUCAACCAUUGACCCAGCCAACGAGCUCCGAAGCAGCUCCGAGCAAUCUUUCCUAUCCAAGAUCAGGCCCAAAUCACUGACCACCUAUACAAAUACUCUUGCCAAGAAGGUGGUCUUUGAUGAAAAUAAUAGAGCAACAGGAGUUCAAGUGAAAGGAUUGCUGGGUGAUCUUGUCGUCAUUUCGGCAUCGGAGGAGGUUAUCAUCUCUGCCGGUGCCUUUCAGUCCCCCCAGCUCCUUAUGGUGUCUGGCAUUGGCCCCAUCGCUCAUUUAGAAGAGCAUGGAAUCGACGUUAUAGCCGAUCGACCAGGGGUUGGUCAGAACAUGUGGGAUCACCCCUUCUUUGCUCCUUCUUACCGGGUGCGAGUGACAACAUUCACUAAAUUUGCUACUGACCUGAUGUACGCGGCUGGCCAAAUUGCCAAAAUGUUACUCAACAAAAAAGGAGUCGUCACAAAUCCAAUCGCAGAUUUCCUGGCCUGGGAGAAGAUUCCUCGAUUCUUGAGCGAGGAAUUCUCCGAGGAAACGAAGAGUAAACUGGCCAAUUUUCCAUCCGACUGGCCUGAAGCAGAGUACAUGUCUGGUGCAGGGUAUAUGGGCAACGUGUCAAACCUCCUGGCAAUACAGCCAAAAGAUGGAUAUCAGUACGCCUCGAUACUCGGUGUUCUGAUUACACCCAUGUCCCGAGGAAAUGUCACCUUGAAGUCCGCAGACACCUCAGAUCUACCAGUGAUUAAUCCCAAUUGGCUCGAUGAUGAGGCUGAUCAGGAAGUUGCAAUUGCCAUGUUCAAGCGAAUACGCCAGGCUUUCCAGAGUGAAGCUAUGCAGCCCGUGGUCAUUGGCGAGGAGUACAACCCCGGGCCCCAUGUCCGUUCUGAUGAUCAGGUCCUCGAGUUUAUCAAGAAUAAUGUGAUGACCCUGUGGCAUCCGAGUUGUACUUGCAAGAUGGGAACUUCCGACGAUGAUAUGGCCGUGGUUGAUUCCCAGGCUCGGGUUUAUGGAGUGGAUGGACUGCGCGUAGUUGACGCUAGCAUAUUUCCUUUCCUUCCUCCUGGUCAUCCUCAGUCGACGGUUUACAUGCUUGCCGAGAAGAUCGCAGCGGAAAUUAUUCGGGAUUCCUAA